CAGCCGUACUGUUUUUUCAUUUACAGUAAUAUACACUCAAUUUUGAGGUGGUCCCAAAAAAAAAAAGCGGCGCAGGUGCUAGAACGUUACUGUAAAUUUGCUUUUUUUAUUAACAGUAAAAAAUGUAAAUUUUACAGUUAAGUUUUACUGUAAAUUUGCAGGGUUUUUUUAUUUACAGUAAAGAAGUAACAUUUUUGUGUAAAUUUGCAGUUUUUUUUUGUUUUUUUUUACAGUAAAAAACUAAAGGACAAUUUUACAGUAAAAAUCCGUCAGGACUCUCACGGUUGUGUUGGAUCCACUAUGGAUUGAACUUUCACAGUAUCAUGUUAGACCCGCUCGACAUCCAUUGCUUUUGCCCACAUAUGCGGUCCUCUCCAAGGUUUCUCAUAGUCAUCAUUGUCACCGUCACCGACGUCCCACUUGGGUGAGUUUUCCUUGCCCUUGUGUGUUGUGGUUUGUGCAGCCCUUUGAGACACCAGUGAUUUAGGGCUAUAUAAAUAAACAUUGAUUGAUUGAUUGAUUGAACUGAGCUGACGUUUUCAAACCAUAAGAAAGCUGUACUGUCUUUACAUUCAGAGUAAUAUACACUAAAUUUUGAGGUGGAAUUCUUGCAUUUAACCGUAUUUUUGGGAUAUUUUAGUUUUUAAAAAAUCUAAUGCAUUAAAAAUGUGUAAUAAUAUUAUUCACUGUUGGCCUUCAGUGAAAACGACUUUACCGGAAGUUGAUUUCGCUUACGCGGUGUGUAAUGGCGACCUCUGGUGUUGAGAUUUUGUAUCACUGCUUAUGCUGUACUUGUUUAUAAAAUGCGUAUACAUUAAAGUUUAAAAGUGAAAGUACCAAUGAUUGUCACACACUGAUGAAUAUUACACAUUACGUGCAGGAUGCGUGUAAAUCGCGUACAAACGUGGGUUCAAGCGGGUACAAUACUUCAAAGACUUCGAGCGUAAUGUCGUGUUAAGGAAGACAAGUGUGUCAUCUCCAUGACAACAUAUUACGUCAUAGCACAUAUAAAUGAGGGAUUAAGUGUCUUGCUAUUUAAUUACAUUUUUAUUGUUGUUGCCAAUUAAACGAAAAAAUGGCCGCCGACAACCAAAAGAAAAAGGUCAUCAGGUCAGCAAAUAUUUUGCAAAGUCAUGUAAUAUUUGGGCGGGGUGUGCACGUGCCUUCCUGGGUCACGUGACCGCUGCCGUAUCCUAGCAACGCGUCGCCAAACAAGCCCGUCUUAAUGUCGGCCGAACUAUUUAUCUUCGCUCUCAUAACUCUUGUUGUUUUGUAAUUGUUUGUAGUUGUCGUUGUAAGAAAAUGAGCUCGGAGGUGUUAGUGUCGAAGCCGCAGUAUGACAGCCGAGCGGCGACUCCGGGGCUCCUGGAGUCCGAGGGGGCCCCGUUAGAGCCGGAAGCCGCGCCGCCGCUAGUUAUCCCGGGCUUCCGCUCCGCUAAGUACACCCCAGCCGACUGGUUCUCCAGCUACCGCAGCCUCCUCCAGCAGGCCGGCGCCGACCGGCACUCGGCCCGCAGCAUCCAGGAAGAGUCCCGCGUCCUCUGCCAGAAGACGGAGAACACGACGGUGAAGAUGCAGACCAACGGCAGCCGCCUGCUGGGGGAGAGGCUCCAGGACAUCCACCGCUGGAAGUCCGAGCUGCAGGAGCACAUCGGCCGCCUGGUGGCCGACAUCGAGGCCUUGCAGGCGCUGAAGCUGCGGCUGGAGAAGGCGCUGGACGCCACCGAGACGCCCUAUGCCAUCGCGGCCGAUAACCUCACCUGCAGGAGCCGCAGACUCGGGCCUGACCUGGUCCGGGACUGCGUGGAGGAGGAACUCAUCAAGGAAGUGGAAUUGAUCAAGAGUAUCCAGGCUCUCCUGAGGAGAACCAUAGACCAGGUUUCCACUCAGAUCAAUUUGGACAGAGAGACCAAGAAGACGCUGGAGUUUGAUUGGUCGGAUAAAUAUGAGGCCUACGUCCUGGACACCCAGUGUGGACGCUUCUCCAACAAAAGCACGGACACGCAGCAUCACGUCGUCUCUGCCAACAUGCUGCAUCAGGUGUGUAACGUCCCCUCCUGGAUCAAGUUCACACACACCAACAUCAACAAGGCCCGCAGGGAGGAAAAAUCCUCACACGACCUCAAAGAGCUCUCGGAGCAGGUGCUCCUGGACACCACCAAGGACCUGAGGGUCCAGUGCUUCAAUGUGGACCAAGCCUUCCUGCAACGCUGUGCGGAGCAGAUGGAGGCCAAGAUCCAGCUGGAAAUGCACCUGAAGCAGACUUUGGAGCAGAUUGGAGCCCAGGAGAGGAACAUCGAGGCUCUGCAGAAGGCCAUCCAGGACAAAGACGCCCCUCAGAGAGUGACUGAGUCUAGGCUGUACCGUCGCUCUCUCAGACCCAACAUGGAGCUCUGCAGGGAUGAGCCCCAGAUGAGCUUGGAAAAGGAGGCGAGGCAGAUCAACGCUACCCUGGCGUCGCUGCAGCAGGAGCUGAGCGACGCCCGCAGGUCGCUGUCCCACCUGGAGGAGACCCGCAUGGCGCUGGAGAAGGACAUCAUGUGCAAAGCCAACACGCUGUUCAUCGAAAGAGAAAAAUGCAUGACUCAGCGUAAACUGUACCCGACCAUCUCCACCCUGUCUGGGUACUGAAGAACUUUGCGAGGUUAGGUUUGAAAACAAAGUGUGUGGUGUAGUUGCAGUGUUAUUUUACCCACGAGCACAUACUGUACACAAAGUCCCUUUUACAUACGUGUUGGUGAGGAUCUGGAUAAAGGGACUAGAUAGAUAGUACUUUGUUGAUUCCUUCAGGAGAGUUCCUGAAGGAAUCCAUAAAGUACUAUCUCAGCAAAUGAGUUGGAGACACUACAGCAUCAAAACAGGACGUAACUUAAUACUAAACAAUAGUCACUUUUGUAUAACAUACUUUACAUUUUAACGUGCACCGUCCUUACCUUUGACUACAAGGUUCAGUUAUCAUUUUUUGAGUAUUUUGUGCACACAAAAUUUGGUGCAUUUUUGGCCACCUUGCAUAAUGAAUGUCUUCUUGGAAUACGCAAGCCAGAUUCUAAUCAGUGGCCUAGUGGGUAGAGUGUCUGCUCUGAGAUAAGUUCAAACCCCAGCCAAGUCAUACCAAAGACUAUAAAAAUGGGAGCCAUUACCUCCUUGCUUGGCAUUCAGCAUCAGGGGUUGGAAUUGGGGGUAAAAUCACCAAAAAUGAUUCCCGGGCGCAGCCAACGCUGCUGCUCACUGCUCCCCUCACCUCCCAGGGAGUGAUCAAGGGUGAUGGGUCAAAUGCAGAGGACACAUUUCGCCACCCCUAGUGUGUGUGUGACAAUCAUUGCUACUUUACUUUUUAACUCUAAAAAUGUUUUGUGUGUAUAAUCUGUGAUCUGGAUAAUUUAUUUGUAUUUUUGAAGAUAAUUGUAUAACUUAACACAAUAUUAGCAGCAAGUUCAUGUGAUCUGUUUUUGAACUACUCACUGCAUCAGUUAAGAUGAAUUAAUACUUCUCUUUAGUAAGUUUAAGAUGAAAUAAAUAACUUCCAAGUGUUUUCUGGCCUCCAGUAUCACAUGUUUUCUACUUGCUGUGACAAUAUCACUAAAUUAUACAAUGUGAAUGUGUUUGUGGAGGUUGCCCACCAGGGGGUUCUUCGGACCACCAAUCAUCGUCAUGAGAUUCAGGUUCAGAAUAUAUAUUAAUUUUUCCCAAAUAAAGUCUGUUACAUUUCAGCAA